UGGCGGAGGUGGAGGUGGAGGCGGCGGCGGCGGAGGCGUCGUCAGAGACCGGCAACGGCAGCCAGCUGGUGAUGCCCGAAGACGGCUACGAGUGGAAGAAGUACGGGCAGAAGUUCAUCAAGAACAUCCAGAAAUUCAGGAGCUACUUCCGGUGCCGGCACAGGCUGUGCGGCGCCAAGAAAAAGGUGGAGUGGCACCCGAGCGACCCCAGCGGGGCCCUCCGCGUCGUCUACGAGGGCGCGCACCAGCACGGCUCCCCGCCGUCGUCGUCAGCGGCGGCCGGCGCCGCCGCCGGCGCCUCCAACAAGUACGAGCUGGGCGCGCAGUACUUCGGCGGGGCUCGGCCGCAGUGACCCUGGAACGCUCGAUGUACAUACAUGAGCGUUGGGAUGGGGGAAGAAAGGCCGCCGGCGGACCCAUCUCUUUCACUGUGCCACCGGACGGCAGCAGCAGGUGGCUGGCGCUGGCCGCGCCGCCGUUUGCCAUCAGGUGCCGGUGCCGGUUGACGCCUUGCGCCGGUGCAAUGUGAUGUUGACUUGUUGAGUGGGGGAAUAGUUAUUCAUUAUUGCUGUUCCGGUCAACUCUGCGGUCUAGUACUCUAGUACCUGUAGGCUAUAGUCCAGUAUGCCAGUAUACACGAAAUAAGGGUGGACUUAGAAGUAAGAACUCUGAUGGUUUCUAGGAUUGUUCGCAUGUGUGUCUAAAUCCCUAAACUUCAUGUCUCUAAACUUGUUAAGUGUUUCAUUUGAGAUCAAAACUUGCUUAAUCAACAAACAUGCAGACUCUUGAUAUGUACCAUAUUCCCUUAAGUUUGUUA